AUGUCUGGGUUUGACAACUUCAACACAGAGUUCUACCAGUCGAGCUACAGUGUAGAUGACCAGAAUCAAGCUGGCUAUGGAUACAGCAAUGAAAAUCAGUAUAACAACCAAUACGGUCAAUAUGACUACUCGCAGCAAAUGGGCUACCCCUCUCCAGGAAUGAUGCCGCACCAGCAGCCAUACACGGGGCAAAUCUUCCAGCCCACGCAGACCUACACUCCAUCCUCGUCGCAGUCCAUGUACGGCAGCAGUUUUGAUGAUGAGCCGCCGCUACUGGAAGAAUUAGGAAUCAACUUUGACCACAUCUGGCAGAAAACUCUGACGGUCUUACAUCCUCUAAAGGUGGCAGACGGCAGUAUCAUGAACGAGACGGAUCUAGCCGGCCCGAUGGUCUUCUGCUUGGCCUUUGGCGCAACGCUUCUCUUGGCAGGUAAAAUCCAGUUUGGCUACGUCUACGGCAUCAGUGCAAUCGGCUGCUUGGGCAUGUACUGCCUGCUCAACCUCAUGAGCAUGACGGGCGUGUCGUUCGGCUGCGUGGCCAGCGUUUUGGGAUACUGCCUCCUUCCCAUGAUCGUCCUGUCCAGCUUCGGAGUCCUGUUCUCAUUACAGGGCUUGAUGGGAAUCAUCCUCACGGCAGCCAUUAUCGGCUGGUGCAGUUUAUCGGCAUCAAAGAUCUUCAUCUCAGCGUUGGCCAUGGACGGGCAGCAGCUGCUGGUGGCCUACCCGUGCGCGCUGCUCUACGGCGUCUUUGCACUCAUAUCCGUCUUCUAG